UCUGAACAACAUGAAAUUUAUGAGUCAUAUUUCUGCGAACAAAAACUUUUUGGAAUCUUCGAACAUGGUCUCCGAAUGAACAUCUCAGCGUUUAUAACGUAGUUUGAAGGAAAACCUAAGUAAAUAAGAUUGAGCUCACUCUACAGUGUAACGUAUAAUGGCGAAGGUACUUCUUAAGGGUCUUAGUCGAGAAACUUCUUGUGAUGGCUUAGAAAUGUUCCUUGAGAACCUACUUGAGGACGAUGAUGAGGAUGAUCUUGAAAAUGAAGUGACAAAUGUCGAACUUAAGGCCAAUGGGAAAGCAAUAGUAACUUUUGAGCGGGAGAUUGAAGAUAUAAACAUGCUUCAAAAGAAGUUGACUGAGAAACCAUUGGAUGCGGUUGUGUUACAAUGCUCAAUACUAGAAGGAAAUGAGGAUAGCAUUGGUGAAGAAGACACGCCAUCAUCUGGUGCACACGAAUCACCAAUGGGAAGUGACUAUGAUACAGCAGAGGAGGACGAAGAUGAAAUAGCUCACAGUCCUAUUAGUGUUGAACAAUCGAGUCCAAACCCUAAAAAGACUAAGGUAGAAUCAGCGAGAAAAACACAGGUAAAGGCUGAACUCAGGGUCGAGACAUCUAAAGCAUCAACUGAUCAAGUACCAUCUCCAGACGCGUUGCCGAGUAUUGCAUCUGUGUGGGGCUGUGCAUUUACAAUGAAUAUGAAGCAAAAGAAAAGCGAGUCAUCGCCUGAUUCCCAAGGAACAACUAAUGCCGUGAGAAAAGAGGUUUCUCCCCAGGUCGAAUCAACAGAUGUCCCUCUUGAGAAAAUGCCUGUAGAAAAAGAAAUAAGUUCUACGUCUAACGUCGAAACAGAAAGGAAUUGUAACGAUGAUGAAAGGGCUGUAAAGGUACCCUCUUCAAAAGAUGCAGAAGAAAACACUGGUGUAAACGCAAGAGAUGUUGCUGAUUCUAAUAAAGAGCCCGAACAACCUGCUUCAAGUCCAAAUGCGCCUUUAGAAACGAUAAAAGUCGAGGUCUCAUAUCCCAAAAUAAUGGAACUUUUGAAAAAAGAAAACAUAUUAGAAGACAUAAAAGAGCAAUACACGUGCAAAGCGAGAACCAGAGAAAAAGAGGUCAUUUUUGAAUCAACAGAUAGCUCUAAACUUGGUCUUGCAAAACUAAAUUUGAUUGAAAGAAUCCGAGACAUUGAGGACAAAUCUAAACACUGUUCUGUAUCACCCGGAUUAAUGAAUGUAUUUCACAAGAAUGAUGGCCUCAAAGUUUUCCAGAAAAACCUUGAAGAAGCGAAAUUUACAGAUAUUCUUGCAUCAAUUAAAAAGGGGAAAAUAACAUUCUUCUCGAUGAAUGAAAAACAUAUCGAAGCCUCUAUUGCAAUGUUUGAAAAACUCUUCAUAGAUGAAACCAUGAGGAUUGAGAGUGACUGCCUUCAUUUAACUCAAAGUGAGCAGUGGAAGAAAUUCGUGAAUCAAAUUCACAAAGAAUUCGUCGUGUCAGUGGCUUAUGAAUCAAAUCAGCCAAUUAUCACAGUAGCAGGUGUAAAAAAGGACGUUGAACAAUCGAUCCCACGGAUAAAGGAGUAUAUGAGGCAGAACCACAUCAUAGAAUUCUACCUUGAAGUUCCACCAGAUACAAUAAAUCAUUUUCGAAAGUUCGGAAAGGAAAAGCUUCUUAAAGAUAUUGCUAACAGGUCUGAUAUAUCCUUAUCAUUUGACACUAACAAGAACAAGUAUGCGGUAAAGGGUGUGUCUGAAAAGGCCAAAGCAGUAAAGGCAAAAUGGGACGCACUUUCAAAAACGGUCCAAUCAAGGAGAUUUACCGUUGAUAAACCAGGUAUGGGCGGAUUCCUGGUUAGUACAAUGGGGCGUGCACUGCUUAACUCUGUGGAGUCAGAAUUAACGGAAGUUACCACUGACAUAAAAAUAAACAGAAAGAGCCCUUAUAUAAAAGAACCAAUCGUCACCAAAUCUGACAACAAAGCUGCGAAAGCAUCUUCCACCGAUGAUUCUUCUACUGACCCGAAUGUUGACAAUAAUCCAGCGAGAGAUGAAAAGGAUAUCAAACCAACCGCUGAUGCAACAUCGGGACCAGAUGAUGAGACUGAGACAGCUGGACCAGCAACAACUGUUAAAGUAAUAAACAACAUAACAAUGACACUGGUAAAGGGAGACAUCAGCAAACAAAAGGCUGAUGUACUAGUCAACUCGUGUUCACGGUCCCUCAUGGAUUCUCCCACAACUAAAGCAUUUUUGAAAGAAGGAGGCGACGAAUUUGGAAAGGGGCUAGAAGACAUCAAAAGUACAUUAGAAGACGGGAAAGCCAAAUACGGUGACGUGUUUGUCUCAGACGCUGGCUCAAAGCUACAAGCUAAUUAUACAAUCCACGCUGUAUGUCCGCCAUUUAAGACCAACCCAAGAGGGCUGACUGAUGUGUUCACGAAAUGUUUUGAGGAAGUAAAAAAGAAGGGAAAAUGUAGCCUGGCUGUUCCGGCAAUCGGUGGUGGAAAAAGUGGCUACAGUAACCAAUUGGUCUGGGAGAGCUUCUGUAAGGCGUUGUCAUCGAUAGAUCAAACGACUACAUUGACGUCUGUGUCAUUUGUGGUAUUUGGAGGUUCUUCGUUUAGUGAGUUUUGUAGUCUUAUGAAUGGCAAGAGUCCUCCUAAGGCUAGAUCAGAAACAUCUGGGACCAAAAACAAAGAGGAGGUAACAUUAAAGACACAUACGGUUUACGGGAACAUUACGCUGACCUUUAAACAAGGCGACAUCGCCGCUGCUAAGGAUGAAAUACUUGUGAAUGUCUUGGAAAAGCCUACCGAUAAUCUUCAGAAAACUCGAUCUGUGAUCGCCAAAGCGUUUCUUGACAAGGGUGGACCUGAAUUGACAGAGCUGGUGAAGGGCUGUAUGGGCACAGAUACAACUUGGGGUGAUGUUCUAGAAACAACAACAACAGGAAGUCUGCAAUGUACCCAUGUUCUCCAUGCAAUACCGACUGCCUUCAAAUACGACAGCAGUGGAAAGAAAUUGAAGGCAUUGCUUGAGAAGUUGCUGGAGAAAACAUCUGCCCUGGGAAAAACAGGUAUUGCGCUACCACCUAUCGGCACAGGUAGACUUAGCCACUACCCAACCAACGAGUUCUACAGAGCCUUGGACGAUGCACUCAAGACGUUUUCAAGCAAAACAUCAUCUAUUAAGACGGUUACAGUGUAUGUAUUUGACCGCCAAAUGCUUGGAGACCUAUUGAACAAAAUGAGUGGAACCAAAGCAACCACACGCGGAACAAAGUUUGCCAAGAAUGAUCAUAGACAUGGAAUGAAACAAAGCCAAGUGGAAAGGAGACCAGUGCAAGAAUCAAUUCUGACAGUUCCAAUAGGAGAUACCGUUGACAUCUGCCUUAUCGGCUACUCCAAAGAAGUCCUCAAAACAGCAGAGAAGAAAAUUACAGAUAUUGUUGAUGACUACUACGUGGAGGAUAAAAUAAUGCGUGAACAGUUGACCGUUGAAGAAGUCCUUAGUGUUAUGAAUGCCGAGCAGAAAAGUAUGACAUUUGUAGAGAAAUGCCAGUCCGGGCAUGUCUUACUGAGAGGAGCAAAGAGCUCGGUAGAGGGCACUGCUAACAGUAUAAGAAAAAAGAUAGAACAUGAUGAUCAAAUGGGAGCGGAAAUGUUUCAGAAGGGAACGAAGGAAUACUUACAAGCAAUUGCGCAAACAAAAAACUUUAGCUAUCCAAGCUAUUGGAAAAAGAAAAAGCCAAAAAAACAUUGCCUUGAAGAAGUAGUUGAUCCGAAACUCAAACAUGAAAUAGAAAAGAUAUGCCAGGUGGAAUGGGGUCAAGGAGGAACUUGGAAAAGUGGCAUCGUAGGCAAUGGGAGCGAUGCAAGGGGAUUGACACAUACGAAUAUAAAGAUAAAGAAGAUACAAAGUGUACAGAACCCUCAACAGUUCAAGAAAUAUAACACACAUCAACAGGCGAUGUGUAAAAAGGCAGUUGAUGGAGAUAUUCACUCAAUAGGAAACGGGGAGUUAGUGCCUUUCACCUCUACCCUCGGUGUGUCCUCCUUAGAUAGUCUUUUAGUACCACAGAUAAACGAAUGCUUCUUAUUCCAUGGAGCGAAGCCGGAAAGUGUCGACGGAAUUGUCAGCCAAGGUCCCGAUUCUAGACUGACUGUUAAUAGUAUGAUGGGGAAUGGUGUAUACAUGGCAGAGAGUUCAACUAAGGCGGACCAGUAUGCAGAUCCCAAAGACCAAAGAAGUGGUGGUGAAAAGAAAAUGUUUCUUAUGCGUGCACAACUGGGAAACAUACAUGUGGCUAAUGAGGUAUAUGCCUUCAGACGUCCUCCGUGUGUAGAAUAUGGGAAAGGUUGCAACAAUAAAAUAUGCAGUGCCCAUACACCAUGUGAUUCUGUAUUGGCUGUAAAGCGCCCAGGUGGCGCUGGUAGAUUACUGUUCCGAGAGUUCAUAGUCUACGACAACAGCCAAGUUUAUCCAGAAUUUUUGAUAACUUACGAAAGAAUAUAGACUCAUAUCCUACGCCGGGCGGCAAGCGAAACAUUAUCUAGAUUUAUUAUAAUUAUUAUGAAUAUUAUUUUUUGCCCAAAAUCACUUGAAGAGUUCUUUCUUGUUACGGGCCUGUGUUGCAAUAAAAACUCAUUAUAAGUUUAGAUUAAUAACCCCGUUUUAUAAAUACCAUCAUUGUCUCACAAAGCGUCAGAUUCUGUAAAAUUAUGCGAUGUUGUGAUUUUGCAAUAAAAACAGACUGAUGUACUGUAACUUUGAUUGUAACUUACUGAUUUUACUGUGUACUUUUUAUAAGAAACGAAGCUUCAAAUGCUUUUUGAUGUGUCCCAUGAGCUGAUAUCACCUUGGUGUCUUUUAAAGCAUAUUUAAGUACUAGACUCGAC